GUUCCUGGAAUGUCUUGAGUGUUGUACUAAAUAUUCUUCUGAUAUUGUGUUUAAAUAAAUAAAAACUACAGCUUUACUGCAGUUCUCGCGGCGCUACUGGACACACACGUCGACAGGGGGCGCCAGACCCUGACUUCGUUACAUUUCCGUCAACGAAGAAGAAAAGUGGCGAAACUCUACCGGGUCACGGUACCACUACUGCCGGGCCACGGUACUCCCGCAGCCUCAGCGGCCGUUGUUCGCAAUAGUUAACGCCAUGGCGGCGGUGCGCAGCCUGCAGGUGUCGGUGAAGCCAGACAGCGGCUCGGAGCACUCGGAACCAGAUUCCGACUCCGAGUCGGACCGAGAUGCUCGCGAGCCCGAACCGAUGGAGGUGGAGGAGGGAGAGCUGGAGGCGGAGGACAUCUCCGUUAACCGUUCCCUGAAGGAGCUUCUGCCGGACACCAGCCGGCGCUAUGAGAACAAGGCCGGAGCGUUCAUCACCGGGAUCGACGUGAACUCAAAGGAGGCGAUCGAGAGGAAGGAGAAGCGAGCUCGGCGCUUCCAUUUCUGCGGCGAGCAGAGCGUGGGUCAGAGGACCGUCCUCCUGGACAAGGAGACCAUAAAGAAAGCCAUCCCCCGCCUGCGGCUGGAGGCGCUCCACAUUAUGGGCGUAGACGACAUGAGCACGCAGGACAUCUUCGGCUAUUUUAAGGAGUAUCCUCCGGCGCACAUCGAGUGGAUCGACGACGCGUCAUGUAACGUGGUCUGGCUGGAUGACGACACCUCCAUCCGGGCGCUCAUCAACACCAGCAGAAUGCCUAACUCGGAGACCAUUACCACGGAGACCGGAGAGCAGCCAGGCAAAGAGGGCAAAGCUCAGCGGGGUUCAGGCUCAGAGGACGAUGAAGAGGAGGGUGAGGUGGGCGAUGAAGAGGAGGAGGCAGCCAGAAGAAGCAGUGAUGGGCAGGAGGAGCAGCCGCCGAAGGAGCGCGGGACACAGGUGGAUGACCUGUCACGGGCUGAGAGAGAGUCGCUGCUGAGGAACGAGUUGCGGCCCGCCAUCAAACCCUUCAAAGGGAACAAGCUGCUGCUGCGCUUCGCCACACAAGAUGAUAAGAAGGAGCCGGGCGCAGCGCGGCGCAGCAGAUACUACAUGAAGUACGGAAACCCCAACUAUGGAGGCAUGAAGGGCAUCCUCAGCAACUCCUGGAAGAGGAGGUACCACAACCGGCGCAUCCAGAGAGACGUCAUCAAGAGCAAGAAGCCUCUGAUUGGAGACAGCAUGGGACACACGCCGCCGUACACGCACCGACACUCCGCUGACCUGGUCAACCUGCCAGAGGAGCCCAUCAAAGAGGAGGAAGAGGAGGAGGAGGAAGAGGAGGACGGCAGUGACGAGGACAUGGACUCCGACGACAGGGUGGUGGAGUUCAAAGAGAAAGGAGGCAGCUCGCGUCCUGCAGGGGCGGGGCUUCACAGCAGAGCGGAGCGAUCGCCGUCUCCGUGGUCGGAGUCUGAUGAGAUGGACUAUGACCUGGAGCUGAAGAUGAUCUCCACGCCGUCGCCAAAGAAGAGCAAAAAAAUGACCAUGUACGCCGACGAGGUGGAGAGCCACCUGAAGAGCAUCCGGAACCGCAUCGGGACGUCGGGCUCCCAGAGCAGAACCAAAUCCUCGUCUCCCUCCAAGCUGACGGACGUGCGGCAGCUGCUGCUGGAGAAGCGGCAGGGGCUGUCCCAGCACAGACAGCCCCCCCCUGUGGCCAGCAGCGGGAAGACCGAUGUUCGGCAGCGGCUCGGUAAAAGGCGGUACUCUCCGGACAGACGCCGCUCCCCUUCCCCCGCCGCCCCUAGGGACACGCCCCCAACCAAGGAGCCAGUCAGAGAUGUGCACAGCAGACUGGGCGUGGCCAAUCAGGACAGAGCCCUCUUCUCCAGCUCCAAAGAAAGGAAGACGGGCGACCUCUGGAGCCGACUCGGCGACAGCGAGCAGCGAGGGAGCGACCGUUCUGCUCCGUCCUCUUCGGGUCGGAAGGACGCCAGCCGGAGAGGGGGCGAGAAAGCAGAGGGGGAGGAGAAGGAGGAGGAGGAGGACGACUCGACGCUGCAGAGGAUGUGGGGCGCCAUGAUCAAACAGAAGCAGGAGCGCCUCAGCCACAAGAUGAAGAAGAGCCGGCUGGACAACCUGCCGUCGCUGCAGAUCGAGAUCAGCCGCGAUAGCAGCGACGACUCCGACGCCUGAGGAACGCCGCCAGAAUCUCCUGAACUUCCGGGCUCCAGUCGGGCCCGGACCCACUGGUUCUGCCUUCACGUCUGGAUUUUGUCUUCUUGAAAAUGUUCCUCAGUUCCCUGAACUCCUCAAAGAUGUUGUCUGAUGGAGCAAAGCAUGAUGGGAAACUCUAUCCCUGCACCUGCUCAACAUCAUCACCUUUCAUUCCUGUUACCAUGGAGACAGACUCCGCCUCCAGCACUCUUCCUGAAGCAGAGGACGUGUCAGAAGAAAAGCGGGAACUGGAUCUCCUGGUGCUGAGUCGGCUGUUUUUUUUUUCUGGAAUGUUGUGGGUCCACAGACUCCAAGCUUCAUGAAUCCUUAUUAAAAAGAUGGCUGUUGUUUUUA